AUGGUAAUAAAGUCUUCCAUAUUCUGUCUCACUGCUUUGGUUUUUUUGGGGUUUUAGCCACCGGCUGCUGUUUCUCAAACGAAAACGAAGAAGCAGAACGAGAAUGGUGAGACUUACGGCGGAUUUAAUAUGGAAAAGCCCUCACUUUUUCAAUGCUCUCCGCGAACGUGAAUUGGAUCUCAGAGGGAACAAGAUUGCUGUUAUAGAGAACCUGGGUGCUACUGAGGACCAAUUUGACGCCAUUGAUUUGUCUGACAAUGAGAUUGUUAAACUCGAAAAUUUCCCCAAUUUAAAUCGACUUGGAACGUUGUUUCUUAAUAACAACAGGAUUACGCGUAUUAAUCCUAACGUUGGAGAGUUCUUGCCAAAACUGCACUCUUUGGUUCUUACUAACAAUCGACUUGUUAAUUUGGUUGAGAUUGAUCCACUUGCGUCACUCCCAAAGCUACAGUACCUGAGCUUGCUGGACAAUAACAUCACAAAGAAACCCAAUUAUCGCCUGUAUGUCAUUCACAAAUUGAAGGCAUUGCGUUUGCUUGAUUUCAAGAAAGUGAAACAAAAGGAGCGAAUUGAAGCAGCCAGUUUAUUUGCAUCAGAAGAAGCUGAAGAGGAGGCUAAAAAGGAAUCUGUCAAGACAUUUGUACCUGGUGAGGUUCCAAGUGCCCAUGAGGAGUCUAAAGAAGAGGAGCCAUCUAAACCAGUGGGCCCUACACCAGAGCAAAUUAUAGCUAUAAAGGCUGCAAUUGUCAAUUCUCAAACUCUUGAAGAAGUAGCAAGACUUGAAAAGGCUUUACAAUCUGGACAAGUUCCAGCAGAUCUUAAUCUUGGGAAUAUCAACAAAAAGAAUCCCACAGAUGAUCAUGAUGCUUCAAAGGAAAACGAUGGUCCAGCAGACAUGGAGCAGGAAUGAGUGGUAUUUGUGAUGAAUGGGGUUGUAGAUGGCACAGUAGCUAGAAGUUGGGAAGAUCCAUCAUACAUAGUGAUAGUGGUUCACCCUCUGCCCAAAUUGCCCAAAAAAAUGUUUAGCCAUGAAGUGAAGUGAAGUGAAGUGAGUGUUGUAAAAUCAAAACUUACAAAAAAGUUCCAUCAUAUCUCUUAUAUGCUUAUUAGUUUAAACUAGCAUUUGACUUGGUUUUUUUUGUAAGCUGAAAUGAAGUAUUCCGAGGUAAAAAUGGAUUCAUAUUUGGUUUUGAAA